CAGCUGCUGGAAGAUGUCAACUUUCAAGCGUGUUGCAAUAUGCCUCGUCUAAUACCAGCAGAUGUCCUCCAGCGGUGUCAAAACCAUUCUCUUCCUCCCAGCCUGCCAGGCGAACCCGAUCCACUGCCCGCGAAUUGCCACGCAGAGUGCGUUCUGAACGAAGCGGGCAUCCUUGUGCACAACCAGUUUCUUGUAGAGCUAGCGGUCAAGGUGCUGCUUGGACAGGUCCCGAACGAUACACUCUUGUGGAAGCAGGCGUUCGAGGUGGCAGCUAGGAAGUGCUACAAUAUGCAAGUGGCAAACACGUUCUAUCUGCAAGAUAUGGCCAAAAACUUAAUCUCAUCUCAGUGUAUUCCCUCUUCUCGGCGAUUUCUCGAGUGUACAUUCGCGAUCGCGUACAGGGAUUGUCCCGACGUCUUUUGGAACUACAGCAAUGAUCAAUGUGGUUCCGUCGUAUCCACCUUGAACAACUGCCGAUAUUUGUUUCUGCAUGUAUGGGAGAUUUAA